UGUCAGUAUCUCCAUUGUCAGGGUUAAUUGGGCCUCAUCAGAUAAAGACACCUUGGAUGUGUUGCCCUCACAGUUCAGGACUCUGGGAUAACUGCUGAACUUGAUAACCACCUGUCCUUCAGGGAUAUUAAUGAGGCAAAAUGGUAAUUCUGGGGUCCUGCUUGCGGUUAGGGGUAAAGGAUGACUCAGUGUUUUUGGGAUUACAGAGGAACCCAUGAAUGGAAGUUGAUGUGUCUUCCUAAAAAGGCUAAAUGUGCAAGAGUUAAUAUGUGUGUGUAAGAGAGAGAGGAAGUGCUGAUGUGAUCAUCAGAGGGGUACCUGCCACUCAGUGUCCUGUCUUAAAGACACUGCCGCUCACACAGUCUGAGGAGAGCUACAGUUUGUGGAGAGUCAUGAUGUCAGAUUCCAGAGUGUCCUCUGUCAUUCAGGAGUGGGUGAGCUCGUAUCCGGGUCAGCCUCACAGCCAAUCCCUGAAUCCCGUCUCUUCCAACCAAGCUGCACCCUCCAGUCAGAUGUCUCAGAUGGACAUGAUCUCAUACAACCAGUCUCAGGGGAUCAUAAGAGGGGGUGCUGAUGACAGAGUGGCUGAACAGAUGAUGGGACUGCCGUACCUGUCGUACAAUUCAUCUUGUCUCAACAACAGUUCUAACUUGGGGAGUUCCAACCACCACCAGAGCCAUGCCAGUACUCAGCAGGAUUUCUCCCCCUUCCUGCUGCCCACCCUGCGGGCCCCACUGACCAAGAGAAGCAUCAGCAAGGAUAGUGCAGAGUACCGCCUGAGGCGUGAGAGGAACAACAUCGCAGUGAGGAAGAGCCGGGACAAGGCCCGCAGGAGGAUCCUGCAGACCCACCAGAGAGCCCUGCAGCUACAGGAGGAAAACCAGAAGCUGCAGAUGAAGAUAGCACAGCUCACCCAGGAGCUGGACACUCUGAAACACAUCCUGUCACAGCGGCAUCUGCAGGGAGGCGAAGAGGGAGCAGCACAGGAGUCCAGUAUCUGAACAGCUCAUAUGAACUUUGCAGUAAGCCUCCCAGGCAUCAGAGUUACUGUUAGGAUAGACAUGAACAUCAGAAGACUGAAAAGUCUCAUUUACACUAACAUUUGUGAUUUGGGAAGUGGAAAGAUUGACUUUAGCAUAGGUUUAAAAUGUGUGCUUCUUGAAGUUGCACAACGCAAAAAAGCAGAACCAACUCAAAGUGUCCUAGCAACCACACAGAGGUUCUGUCUACCACCCGUUUCAUUUUAAUGCAUCUUAAACAUCCCAGCUCAUUUGGUUUCUCUUGAAAUGUUGCUGUAUCUGUCAAGUUUCCUGUAUUCAUCAAAUGACUAAUUAAGAAAACAACAAAUGCUUUCCUCCUUGUGCUGUUAUAUUUCACACAGACAAAUAAGAAAAAAACUUAAAUACCUGGAAACUAUGUACUUUAUCAAUUGAAUUGACUUAUAGAUUUCCUCCCCUUUGCAUAACUACAUAACAGGUUAGUAUUUAAUGGAGAGGUUUUCUGAAAACAGACAUUAGUUCAAGUGUUUGGCUUUUAAAGGUGGAUGAUCCAGAACUAAAAACAUAAACAAAAUUAUUUUUAACAACUUGUAGUGCCUUACAUUGGUGCCCCUUCUAACUAAUUGGUUUAGUUGGCAAACAUUAUCAGUUUUCUUUUAGCGCUUUGAUACUGAAAAGCGCUAAAUAAAUAAACUUGACUUGACUUGACUUUUACUACCCAAUGGUCAGGUAAAGCUAUUGACUGAGAUAUAAGUUUUUAUUAAAACAAAUAAUCAAACUGAAGUGUUUUACAUUCACAAGCAGUAGUUCAGCCCUCCAAUUCCACCUUAAUUAACUUUAUCAUCUGACAUUACAAGUUUAUCCAUAUACUUUUAACGAAGGUUAACACAGGACUAACACACAGAGUACAAGAGAAAUUUCUAGCUCUAACAAAUUAUGAAAUUGCAGUUUACAAGCUUUACCUUAGCUAAGGCUGUUAAUGAACAUAACAAUCAAUCAAUUUAGAGAAAGGGUGGGAUUACAUAAAUUUGCACUUCUUCUCUCUGCUUUUCACAUAUAUAAAUCACAACCUUAUUGUUUCAUUUUAUUGAGGGAUCAUUGUGUUUGUUUUUGUUCUUUUACAUGUUUGAAAUAAACUGCUUAACAAACUA